CGUCUAUCAUAGUUGGUGUUUCAAUCUCAGUUCCUUGAUAAGUUUCCAAAUAAAGUAAGAUUUAAAUAGAAAAUGGGGAAGGAUGAUGCAGAAACCAUAGCUUUAAAAAAAGAGCUAGAAGAUUUGAUCAAUAGAUGCAAGGAAGAUCAAAAGAAACAACAAGAUACAACUUUGGAGGAAACAUGUAGUAGUGUAGCAGAUGCUCCAAAAGUUAAAUUAUCUACUAAAAAAUUAUUAAAGGGACAUAUCAAUAAAGUAAAUUCGGUACAUUAUAGUGGUGAUAGUAGACAUUGCGUGACUGGUUCACUGGACGGAAAAUUGAUUAUUUGGGAUUCAUGGACUGGAAACAAAGUCCAAGUAAUCCCAUUGCGCUCAGCAUGGGUAAUGUCAGUAGCUUUUGCACCCUCGGGAAAUUUCGUUGCUUGUGGUGGUAUGGACAAUAUGUGUACUAUCUAUGAUGUGAACAAUCGUGAUGCCACAGGAUCAGCUAAGAUCGUUCGAGAAUUAUUAGGAUACGAAGGUUUUCUCUCAUCCUGCAGAUUUUUGGAAGAUAAAAAAAUAAUCACUGGAUCCGGUGAUAUGAAAAUAUGUAUAUGGGAUUUGGAAGCAAACAAAAAAACUAUAGAUUUUUGCGCGCAUGCUGGAGAUGUGGUUAGUAUUAGUUUAUCUCCAGAUGGAAACACAUAUGUUACUGGAUCGGUAGAUCGAACAUGUAAAUUAUGGGAUUUAAGAGAAGAGAAAGCAAAACAAACUUUCUUUGGACAUGAAGCUGAUGUAAACUCUGUUUGUUAUCAUCCUUCGGGACAAGCUUUUGUAACAGCUUCGGAAGAUAAAACAGCGAGAUUGUGGGAUCUAAGAUCGGAUCAACAAUUAGCUACCUUUAAACCUUCAAAUUCAAAUCCCGGAUAUACAUCUUGUGGUUUAUCUUUAAGCGGAAGAUUCAUAUUUUGUGGAAGUGAUGAUAAUUCUAUUCAUAUAUGGGAUACACUAAAGAAUCAACAUAAUGGUGUUUUGACGGGCCACGAAAAUCGUGUAACAUCGCUUAGCGUUACUGGAAAUGGUAUGGCUAUUGCCUCCUGCUCCUGGGAUCAAAAUGUUCGAAUUUGG